GUGUCCGCCUGGUAAAUGGGCGGGCUCUUAGCACGCCUUGAAGUUCCGCCCCGUCUGCAGUGGAACCUCGAUCGCCAGGGCGACGCACCCCGGCCCCGCCCCGGCCUCUGGCUCCGUUCCCCCGACCGCGUCCACGGUCGGUCCGCGGGGCGUGCGCAUAGUCGGCCGUCCUCAGGAGGCAGAACCCACCCAGCCCCUGCGCCGUGGCGCGGCCGGGUGCCCCAGCAGCCGGAGCGCGCGCUGGGAGGGCGCAGUGGAUUCAGCCAAGAACCUGCCCAGGUGUCAAGAUUCUGCCCUCCAAGAAAAUCUUGCCAUGACUGGAUAGGACCCCCAGAUAAAUAUUCAAACCUUAGACCUGUUCACUUUUACAUCCCUGAAAACGAAUCACCGUUGGAACAAAAGCUGAGAGAAUUAAGACAAGAAACGCAGGAAUGGAAUCAGCAAUUCUGGGCAAACCAGAAUUUGACUUUUAGUAAGGAAAAGGAGGAGUUCAUUCAUUCAAGACUGAAGGCCAAAGGUUUGGGCCUGUGCCCUGGAUCAGGUCAAAAAGCAACCUUGAAUGCAGAAGAAAUGGCUGACUUUUAUAAGGAAUUUUUAAGUAAAAAUUUUCAGAAGCACAUGUAUUAUAAUAGAGACUGGUACAAGCGUAAUUUUGUCAUCACCUUCUUCAUGGGGAAGGUGGCCCUGGAGAGGAUUUGGAACAGGCUGAGAUGGAAACAAGAGAAGAGGAGCAGUUAGGAGCCCAUCCUGAUGCUGGCCCACCAGAACCUGGGUUCCACUUACGAGAGCCCUGGGCCUCCGACUCCUGGCAGGACCACCUGCUCCCUCCUGACCUCGG